UGCCACCAUUUACCCUUUUCUCCUGAAGUCAGAAGUCAGAGGGCAGUAAACUGCCUAACAACUUCUCCUAGUAAUAAAAUCACAGUUAGUAAUGUACGUUGUGCACUAUGCUGCCUCCAUGGAGCUCUUGUUGGUCCUUGUGUUUCCUUUUCAUUGUCCUAGUUGUCAACACACACCAUGCCUCAUCUGCUCCAGAUUUCUCUGAUUACCUCCACAACAUCCUAAGGAACCACACUGCACAUGCUUGUAAUGGAGAAACGCUGUCCAUCAGAUGCCCCAUUAGAACAUCUGUGGCUGUUCUGUCAGCAUUUUAUGGACGCCGUGUCCCAAGUCAGUAUUUAUGCCCCCCCAAUGCAAACCCAAACACAACAGUAGAAAGUACAAACUGCAUAUCAACCACAGCCAUUCAGAAAAUUAUGUCAGAGUGCCAAGAUCGAAGGGAGUGUCAGAUUCCUGUGAUGAGUCCUGUGUUUGGUCAAGAUCCCUGCCCUGAAACAAGCAAGUACGCCAUUGUCUCCUACAAGUGCAAGCCAGAGCACCAUCGUUCAAGAACGGUGUGCGAGAAUGAAAGACUGAAGCUGGCAUGCAAGAAUGACACAGUUCUGGCCAUUUACUCAGCCACAUUUGGCCACCUGGUGCAUGACAGCCUUGGGUGCCCUCAAGAGGCUAAAACAAAGCCUGACAUAGAGUGCUUGUCUCCGUCAGCCUUGAGAAGGGUGUCAAGGAAAUGUCAUGGCAGGACGAACUGCUCUGUGAUUGCUGAUGCUCAGAGUUUUGGAGACCCCUGCUUCCCUGGCACCAGGAAGCACCUGCGAGUCUCCUUCACCUGUGUACCACAGUAUCUACUGGAAGAUGUUGGACGUGGAAAAAUAGAUCCUUUCUUGCUCUCUGAUUAUACACAUGGAGGGUGGUAUAUGGGCCCCGGUGUAUCCAGGCCACAAAACAUUUUCACCAACUCUCUGGAAAUCUUUUCCCAGAUCCAGGGUCUUCCAGAGACAGUGGCUCUAUACUUUGUCUCUGGUAUAUGUGCUGGUUUGCUCUUCUUGCUGUGCUUGUUUGGUCUCAAGCCCACCCUGAUGAGAGAUCUGAAGGACCUAGUUUCUGAGUUAGGAGAUGAGCUCAAGGACUCCCAUAGUCCUCGAGGAGGAAUAAUGGAGGAUUUUGAUGAUGACGAUGCCUCUCUACGCUCUUCUUAUCGCCACCUUGCACGUCCUUACCGCACAGCAGACAUGUUCAGCCCAGAGAUGAUUAUGACAGUGGUGAUGGAGGAGAGAAGGGAUGAGGACAAACCAGAGAUGCCAAAUGGAGACAUCUGGUCCCACAUUAACUCUAGCCCUUAUGCAAUGCACAAAAUCAAAACUUCCUCUGAUUGAAGUUGUGAUGUUAUCUUAAUUAAUAUUUUCUGCUUGGGCUUGUUAUCUUUAUUAAAACAAACACUAAUUAUACUGUUAAUAUGAGUGUGUUAGAUCUUGUAUUUGGCUGACCAGACAUUGGGUGGCCAAUGAAUCAAAGUUCUACUACAUAAUGAAGUGUAAGCCAGAUGAAGUACUUGUUGGGGAAAAGAGUUUAUUGAUGUUGAUAGUGUAGCAUAGCUCACACACAUAACCCUCCAAAUGCAAUCCUUGACAAUAAAUAUUUUAUUACAAACAACUUAAAAGGUGUGAUUAGAUUAUUCAGAUCUUAAAUGUGUAUCCACAAUCCUUUCAAGUUACCUGAUUGUAACUACAUAAACAUGUUUCCUACAGAUAGGCUGUUUUUUGCGGGGCUGGAUGUCUGGGGACAACCGGAAAUGUUGUCCCGUGCCCUGUACGAAGGGGACACAUUGAACCUCUACGUAAGAGUC